GGAGCGCCCCCUGCACGCGCCAUGCAAGGGGAGGGGGCAGCGUAGCGGCUGCCGUUGCGCACAGCCUUACGCAGUGCAGUCUAUACUACACUACUACAGUGCUGCUGCAACUGCUACUCCGACUACUAGUAACUAGUGGUAGCAGUAGCACCACGGACACGGAGUAGUUUAUAUGUUGUGGAGCUAGCCCUCGCUGCUCGUAGUUGUAGCUCCGGGCCUCCGGCUGCUGCCGCCGCCGCCGCCACAGGGAGAGCUAGCAAGGAGGUAUAUAGGUAUAGCCGUAUAGCUAGCUAGCUGCUGCUGCGUGAACGGGGAAGAGGGGAGGGGGCUGCUGUUGCAGUGUUGCCUGUUGGCCUGUUGCAGGCUCAGCUCGCAAGUCGCGUCUGCAGCAGCUGCUGCCUCAGGGAGGGGCUCAUUACUCCCUCGUUGCGUGCUGCAGUUAUUGCUUGCUACCGCUAGCUACUGUGUACGUUUUGGCCUUGCCAAUAAGCUCUAAUGGAGAGGAUGCAGCUGCAACUGCAAGGGUCCAUCGCCUCUUCGCUGUGGGCAGACAAGCAGCAGCAGGCGGCCAGCACCAACGCCGCAGCGGCGGCGGCGCAGAUGCCCUUCCUGGCGCUGCUCCAGGGCGCGGGCGUUGUGGUGGAGGCGGAGCAGCAGGAGGAGCAGCACCACGACGGGCGCAAGCGGCAGGCCUUCGCGCGCGCCGUCUCCGACCUUGAUCUGCUCGAGAGCUGCGUCACGCAGGCGGUAGCUCCCGCAGCGGCGGCGUCUGCGCCCGUGGCCGGCAGGACCGAGAGGCGGAGGAAGCGGCAGAGGCCCCGCGCGCGCGCCGCGCCGCCGCCGGAGAAGCGCAAGAAGCCCGAGGAGGCCGAGAGCCAGCGUAUGACGCACAUUGCUGUGGAGCGCAACCGGCGGCGCCUCAUGAACGACCACCUCGCCUCGCUCCGCUCCCUCAUCCCUUCCAGCUACACCCCGCGCGGCGACCAGGCCACGGUGGUGGGUGGCGCGAUCGACUACGUGAAGCAGCUGGAGCAGCAGCUGGUGGCGCUGCAGGCGGCCGCGGCCGCGCGGCGUGGCGUGGCCGGCACCGGCGCCGCCGCGGUGGCAACGGUCGCGUCGGACGGCGUGUUCGUGUCCCCGCAGUACGCGAGCUACUCGGACUCGCGCGGCGCCGGCGCCGGCGUGGACGUGGAGGCGACGGCCGCGGUGGGCGGGCACGUGCGCGUGCGCGUCGCGGGGAGGCGGUGGCCCGGGCGGCUCGUGCGCGUCGUCGCCGCGCUCGAGGACCUCCGCCUCGCGGUCUUGCACCUCGCCGUCACCUCCGUCGGACACGACGCCGUCGUGUACUGCUUCAACCUCAAGAUGGAGGAAGGAUGCGAGGUGGCGACGGCGGACGAGGUGGCGACGGUGGUGCACCAGAUCUUCGCCUACGCCGCGGGCGCAUGCUGCUGACGACGACGACGACGACGGGCAGCCGGGGAGGACGGGGGACGGCAAGUCAGGACCAUGGUGGAGGCGGGCAGGCACGACGAUGCAUGUACACGACGAACGCGGGCGCGGAGGAGAGGAGAGGACGAUGAUGGCUGGCUGGCCGGGCGGGCGGGCCACCAGAGGAGGUCAUGCGUACGUAGAGAGGUAGAGCAGCGGCAGCGAGCUAGGGGACCAAGCAAGCAGCGGCAGGCAGGUCCAGAGCAGCGCAGGGGGGAGGAUAGGAGCCGGAGACUCCUACUGUAACUUGACUGUUGUUUACUUGGCUGGCAGUGGCAGGACCAGUACUUUCCAUCCAGUAGGGAAGGGUGAAGAGUGAAGACUCUAGCUCGAGACUGAAGGCUGAAGCAUGCAGUAGGCUAGCUGUAGGCUGUAGCGUUUUCUCCCUUGUCCUUGGAGACAGCCAUGCAUCCGUGUGUGCGUGUACGGUUCUAUAUAGACCACGCACAGGCACAGUAUCGUGUGUGCUGUAGUUGA